AUGUCAUUUAAGGCCAGGGGAAAAAACGGACAUCAUGAAUUUCGAUGUGUGAAAAGGAACUUCUUGUUGGAAGCUCUUGCAAAUGAGCUCCCUAGUGGCACCAUCAGGUUCUCAUCCAAGGUGGUUUCAAUUGACGAAUCGGGCUACUUUAAGCUGGUUCAUCUUGCUGAUGGAACCAUCCUCAAAGCCAAGGUCUUGGUUGGGUGUGAUGGAGUGAACUCAGUGGUUGCGAAAUGGCUUGGCUUGAAGCAGCCGGCAUUGACAGGGAGAUCUGCUAUUAGAGGUCGUACCGACUUCAAGAGCCCUCAUGGUUUUGAUCCCAUUUUCAUGCAGUUCUUUGGGAAUGGUAUUAGAUCUGGUGUCAUCCCUUGUGAUGAUAAAACUGUUUACUGGUAUUACACUUGGGUUCCCUCCAGCCAAGAAAACACUGAGUUGGAUGCUUUUAUAUCCUCACCAUUGAGAUAUAGGCAUCCAUGGGAGCUUCUGUGGGGAAACAUUAGCAAAGGCAAUGUUUGUGUAGCCGGAGAUGCACUGCACCCCAUGACACCGGACAUUGGCCAAGGCAGCUGCUCUGCGUUAGAAGACGGCGUUGUAUUGGCAAGGUGUCUUGGUGAGGCCUUGUUGAAAAGCUCAAGGCAAGGAAUGGAAGAUAAAAGUGAAGAAGGAAUGCAGGAACACAAGAAGAUUGAGGUGGGGUUGAAAAAGUAUGCCAAUGAAAGGAAGUGGAGAAGCUUUGAUCUGAUUAUCACAGGUUAUGUGGUUGGUUUUCUACAAGGGAGUGAGGGAAAAAUUAUGACAUUCUUGAACAAGUUCUUGGCUCCUUCCCUGGGGAGGAAACGUAGCAAAACCCUAGUUCCUCCAUCGCCAAUUCAGAUCAGCACCGGGCUACAACCAAAAUCAAGUCUCUUCAAGAUGACUCAAGACGUGGAGAUGAAAGAGGUCCCAGUGCCUUCUAUUCCUUCUAAUUCAGCUUCUUCUACUUCUCCUUCAACUCUUCAUAAUUUGAAGGAGAUUGCUUCACUCCUUGAGACUGCUGCAUAUACUCGGGAGGUUCGGCGAAUUGUGCGUGCCGUUAGGCUAACCAUGGUGUUGAGGCGGAAGCUGAAGGUUUCUGUGCUCUCAGCAUUCCUCAAUUUUGCCCUUUCGCCGGGAUCUGAGGUUCACAGCCGGCUAUCCUCGUAUCUUCCAAGGGACGAUGAACAUGACAUGGACGUUGAUACUGCAACAUCUGCUACCCAAGUUUCCUCAAAGCAUGCCUUGCCAGAGCUAGAGAUUUACUCCUACUUGCUUGUGCUCAUUUUUCUGAUUGAUCAGAAAAAAUACAAUGAGGCUAAAGCUUGUGCCUCGGCAAGCAUUGCUCGAAUUAAGAACCUCAAUAGGAGAACCAUCGAUGUUCUGGCAUCCAGACUAUACUUCUAUUACUCCCUUAGCUAUGAACUGACUGGUGAUCUUGCAGAGAUUAGAGGAAAUCUCCUUAAUCUUCACCGGAUUGCAACUUUGCGCCAUGAUGAGCUGGGUCAGGAAACACUUCUCAACCUUCUGCUUCGCAAUUACCUCCACUAUAACCUGUAUGAUCAGGCAGAGAAACUGAGGUCCAAGGCUCCUCGAUUUGAGGCUCACUCAAACCAGCAGUUCUGCCGGUAUCUCUUUUACCUAGGGAAGAUCAGAACAAUUCAGUUGGAGUACACCGAUGCAAAGGAGUCCCUCCUGCAAGCUGCCAGGAAAGCCCCUAUAGCUGCCCUUGGUUUUCGAAUUCAAUGCAACAAGUGGGCAAUUAUUGUACGCUUAUUGCUUGGGGAAAUCCCUGAGAGAACUGUGUUUAUGCAAAAAGGCAUGGAGAAGGCUUUGAGGCCGUACUUUGAGCUAACAAAUGCUGUGAGAAUUGGUGACUUGGAGCUGUUCAGAAAUAUUGCCGAGAAGUUCGCAAAUAUAUUCAAUUCAGACCGAACCCACAAUUUGAUUGUUAGGCUGCGACAUAAUGUCAUAAGAACUGGGUUGCGUAACAUUAGUAUCUCUUAUUCUCGUAUUUCUCUGGUUGAUGUUGCUAAAAAGUUGAGAUUGGACUCUCCAAAUCCUGUUGCUGAUGCUGAAAGUAUUGUUGCCAAGGCAAUCCGUGAUGGUGCAAUUGAUGCCACCCUGGAUCAUACAAAUGGAUGGAUGGUGUCAAAGGAAACUGGGGAUAUCUACUCCACUAAUGAGCCCCAAGCUGCAUUUGACACAAGGAUUGCGUUUUGCCUCAAUUUGCAUAAUGACGCAGUUCGAGCACUUCGGUUCCCACCAAACUCUCACAAGGAGAAAGAAAGUGCUGAGAAGAGGAGGGAGAGACAACAACAGGAGCAAGAGCUUGCAAAGCAUAUAGCUGAGGAGGAUGAUGACGAGUUUUGA